AUGUCCGUGGGCGAGGCCGAGCGCCUCGACACGCCCGAGGCCGACGAGACGAGCGGUGAAUUGACGCCGGUUGACUAUGAGGCGGGCGAACCUGAGUCCGAGGAGCCAGAGGACGACGACACGUACAUGUCGGAGGAGGACGACGACGAAGUGGACGAGCUCGUCGACGAAGUGGACGAGAGCGAGGUGCCCGAAACAAACCGACGCUCUCGGCGCGCGCCGCUGCGCAUUACGCUCAAGCGAAAGAGUGUGAAGGAAACACCUCCGCGCCGCAAGUCCGCUCGGGCGCCCAAGCGCUCUGCACGCGCGCGCCAAAUGGACGAUGGUGCGUCGCGUGCCGGGGAGGACGUGGAGGAGGACGACGAGGGCGAGGAUGACGAGCUGGAAGGCGACGACUCGGACGAAGCGUCGAACGCUGCAAGCGAGGCGCCGAUGACGGCUCGCCAAUUGGCGCGGGCGAACCGCGCGCGUGGUCUGUCGACCGAAGAGCUGGUCGAGCUUCCUAUGGAAUCUUCCAAGAAAAAGAAGCUCUCGGAAACGGAGCUCGCACUGCGGCGCUCCGAGACGGCGCGCAGGCGGCGUAAUCAGAGCGAACGCAAGCUUGAAGACGACAAGAUCGAGACUAUCAAUCGUCUACUGAAGAAGCAGGCCGGCAAAGUGCGGGGCAAGGGCGACAACGAAGGCGCAGAGGACGCUGACGCGCCACGAAAGCCUCGUGAUAUGAAGGCCAACCACCCGCAGCCCAUGUUCCGCUACGUCAACCGGGCCGACCAGUCCCUGCUGGCAGUGCCACUGGGCCCACCGUUCGUGCCUGCCGCGAACACAGCGAAUGUAACGGAAGAGGAGGGGUUGUAUGAUGCUACAUUGCGCCGCGCAUUUGGCAUGUCGCGCGAGCUAUGGGCGCCGCGCGUCGCCAGCCGCUAG